GGAGCGCGGGGACACCGGGGGGACACCGCGGGGACACGGGCGGUCACGGAGCCGCGGUGGCCGGGAGAGGCAGCGAUCGCAGCGCGCCGCGGCUGGGAUGCGCUCAGCCCCUUGCUCAUCGCCGCCCACAUCGCGGCUCCGGCAACCGGCGAGUGCCAGGCCUGAUUUAGCUGCUCUCCCCUGCUGUGACGAUGGACAGCGAGGUGCAGAGGGAUGGCAGGAUCCUGGAUCUGAUCGAUGAUGCGUGGAGGGAAGAUAAAUUGCCCUACGAGGACGUGGCCAUCCCUCUGAAUGAGCUCCCUGAACCAGAGCAAGACAACGGUGGCACCACUGAGUCUGUGAAAGAGCAAGAAAUGAAGUGGACAGAUUUGGCUCUCCAGUAUCUCCAUGAAAACGUUCCACCCACGGGAAAUUAGUGAAUUAGAGGGAUUUCAUACAGCGGAUGCAUAAAUGCAACAUAAAAACAUUUUUUGGCUGACCAUUGCUGUCAUAAGCUGCCCUAAGAAAGAAACAUUUCUGAAACUUUCAGAUUCCAACAGUGGUUCUACUCACAAUGAAGAGUUUAAAAUGAUUCUUUCUUGAAUGUAAAAUAGCAGAGGCUCUGACAUCUCAGAGCCAAGUGCAAAAUGUUCCAUGCUUAUAAGAUUAUUUCAUGUUUUCUGUUAAUUUGUUCUUAAGUUGGUGCCAAUUCUGAUCUUAAAUGUUUUCUACACAUGAUUAAAAAGUUUUUACUGUCUCAAAUUGCAUUUGA